AGAACAUAAGAAAUAGGAACAGGAGUAGACCAUUCGGCCCCUUGAGCCUGUCUUGUGUUUCGAUUUUCCACCUACCCCCAGGAUAAACAUUGGCAGGACACCAGGGAAAAUUCUUCAACGUAGUGCCAUGGGCUCAUUUACAUCCACCCAAGUAAACAGAUGGGGCCAAGAUUAACAUUGCACCAGAAAGAUGGCACCUCUAACAGUGCAGCACUUCUUCAGUACUGCAUUGUCAACCUGGACUUUUGUACACAAGACCUGGAGUGGGCUUUGAACAAGGACCUUGUAAUUCAGAGGCAAGAGUGCUACCAACUGAACCAUAGCUAACACUCACAAACACACAGCUUCCAAUUCCUGGGUCAGUGAACGAUCAUGGCAUGAUGCAAAGCCAUAACAAGAACAGGGCAAUUCCAGUCUGCUUGCUGAAGAUUAAUUCUCCUUGAAUUUUGCUGCGGACACCUAGUGCAACAAAUGGCAGCACUUAACAUCUCACUAGGCACGGAUGCCACCAUCUCCCCAAGCACGGAUGCCGCUAUCUCUCCUUGGUUGCUGAACGGAACAGUGCCUGAAAUAAAUGGCAGCAGCCAUGUGAACAAGAGUGCUGUGAAAGAGUGUACCCAAAUUCCAAUUCCCACUGAGGUGUACCUCAUCCUCGCAGGAGUUAGCUUGCUUGAAAACCUGCUGGUGAUCAUUGCGGUGAUCAAAAACAGGAAUCUACAUUCCCCGAUGUACUUCUUCAUCUGCAGCCUGGCUGUUUCGGAUAUUCUACUAAGUUUGACCAAAGCCUGGGAAGCAAUUACAAUAUCUAUAACAUCUGGCAAGGAACAUCUGUUCGCUAAUUCUUUGUUAAAUAGAUUGGAUGAUGUGUAUGACUCGAUAUUGUGCAUUUCUUUCACAGCCUCCAUUUUCAAUUUGGCAGCAAUCACGACUGACAGAUAUAUCACUAUUUUCCAUGCUCUCCGGUACCACAACAUCAUGACAGGAAAGCGAGUAACAAUUAUCAUUACAGCAAUAUGGGUCUUUUGUACUUUUACCGGUAUCAUUAUGAUCUCUUUCGCCAAGUACAAUGCCAUUGUUAGCUUCUUUUUCAUACUGUUUUUCAUAACGUUGGUUCUCAUUGUGUCCCUCUACAUAUUUAUGUUCCUAUUGGCUCAAAUGCAUGCAAAGCGGAUUAGAACCCUUCCAGGUCACAUAGUUCAUCGACGAGCCAAUUUUAAAGGAGCCCUCACAUUAACUAUCCUCCUUGGAAUCUUCAUUGCAUGUUGGGCCCCAUUUUCCCUACACCUCACUCUCUAUUUAUUCUGCCCUUCAAACCCAUACUGUGCCUGUUUUAUAUCCCUCUUUCAGGUUGAUCUAAUUUUCAUCAUGUGCCACUCAAUGAUUGACCCUCUUAUUUAUGCAUUCCGAAGUCCUGAAUUAUGCAACACUUUUAAGAAAAUGUUGUGUUGCAUUAAAAGGCAGAGCUACUUGCAUAGACCAGCCACUUGUUCUAAUGACUGAGUGACACAGACCAGAAAGUCCCACUUUUGGUCUCCAACCUGUGCUGAGUUCUCUGAUUUCAGGCUGAACGGGUGUUAAGGAUGAUAUAAGUGGCAGCACUCUCGCCACUCUUAAAAACCUGAGGACAAAAUCUAGGCUGUCACUCCAGUGCAAUAAUAG